GGCGUUCCGCGGGCGUCUUUCUGUCAGUAGAGGUGGAGACCGGGAUCGGACCUGAAUCGGGUCGGUGCCCGUUGCCGCCGCCAUCAUGUUCCGCUGCCGCGUGGCUACCAGGCUAGUGCGGGCGCUGGGCCCAAGGUCACGGGGCCGUGCGGGGACAGGUGAGCGGGGGUUUCGCCGGCGUGGCCUGAAAGGGGAAGGCAGGGCAGGCGGGGGGGUGGGGGUGCGAAUCUCCAGAAGGUCUUUCCAGAAGUCCCUCAGUCUCCCCUUCGGAGAAAUGGGUUCAGUGCUUCCUUUGCUGCAGUGCGAUUGACAUAAAUGACGUGUCUUUGUUUUUAGGGUACAUUAAACACACGCAACCCCCCCCCCCGCUAAUUCUGAACGUAGGUAACAUGUUCACAACUUCUAGUUACGAAAUUGCUUCAUUCGUUCCAGAUGCCCACAUAAGGAAAUCAGUUCCACCUGCUUUGAUUCUCGGGGUGGGGGUGGGCCAAGGAGAGCUAUUUAGGAUGGAGUUGCCAGCUAACCAAAAACAAAGAAAAACCCCGAGGUACCGCAUAAUACACAAAGGCAAUGCGAAACUGACGCUUUAUUCCAAGGAAGUUUAUGGGUCGUUAUGACGUUAUGACGCAAAGGUUGAUGUGCAUGCCAAGUCUCCCCUAAAGCUCUUCAAGGAAGAAAAAAACAAGGACCAACGUAAUAUUCCCAAGCAGGUCUACCUGGAAGUUAUCCUUGCUGAUUUCAGUGGGGCUUAUUAAUUAAGUAAUAAGCAUGUGUAAAGUACAGAUAUGUAGCUACCCAUUCCACUCCCGGAGGGACGCUCCAUUGUCUCUUGAGAUAGAUGGAUGCCAACAACAACAAUUCCAGAUCUUUCCAAGUGAAUGGAACUCACUUUUCUAUCCUAAAGGUAGAGUUAUUGGUCUUGCAACCAAUUAUUACUGUUGUUUCAUCCUUUGCUUAUGUCCUAAAAAGCCUUAGUUGGCACCCAUAUGUCAAUAGCCUACAUUUUUGGAGAACAUUUAUUUAUUUAUUUAUUUAUUUUCAAAUUGGUUAGGAUGGUAUUAAGAAGCCACAGAAGAGAAUUUGGUAAACCUAAAUGGGCAAAUAUCAAAGUACAGUGCCUAGAGUCAACAAACCCUCCUGGUGUUGGUUAAUCAAAUGAAAGAUUUCAAGAAGAGCCCAGCACUUGACGUGUUCAUACAUCUAACUAAUUGGUCAGUGUAGAUAUUUGGCUGUUGAAUUCCUAAAAUGAUCUCAUUUCUGAAAUCAAGAACGUAAGCCUAUAUUUCUCCCUGGUCAAUUAUAAAUGUGUUUGCUUGGAAAUAAGUCUCAAAUCAUUUUGGUGCAACUUCCCUGUUGAUCGUUGAGGAAUGGAAAGUGUGUUAGUUGUAGCUUCUUCUGUUUUCAAGUAAAAUGCGGUUAUAGUAAUGAAGAAAGAAGUGAAUGGGGAUGCUGGAAUAUUUAAAGCUUAGCUCUCUGCAUCUCUAACAAGUCUGAUUCUGUACACAUUAAUGGUGCUUAAAGUGAAUGAUUCCAGUGAGCUUAGGAAUACCUUAGCUCUGCAUAGACUUGGGCUGCAAGACUCAUGUGACUAAAUUGUAGUAGGCAUGAUGGGGAAAACAGACUCCCAUUAACUUAACCUUUACUAUGUCAUUGAAGGUGUCAAAUCACAACUGAAGCAGUCUUGUAUUGGAUCAGGAAUUCCACAUAGGCAAGUUAGCAAGCUGAUGAAGGAGGGACAGAGUGCUCUCUGCCACUCUUUCACAUGUUUGCUGCACUUUUAAGCCUCCUUUAAACAAACAAACCAGUCUGUUUUUCACUCACAAGAGCAAUGUCCCUUAUGAGUACAAAGCAGGUAAGUAAAAAUUAUUGCAGGUUUGUAAUGCUAGGGGACUUAGUAACAGGGAGAAGUUAAUGGGUGCUUAUGAACAGUUACUCUUGAUUUUGGAAAUCAGUCCACUUGCCUGUGGACAGGAAUGGAAUGCCAAGUUGUCAAUCAAUGCUUUUAGUCAGUGUUAAACUUAGUUCUUGGCUGUGGCCUCAAAGCUUGCUAUGGUUCUAAGUUGUGGCCUCAGAGUUGCCAAUGAUGUAGAUUACUAUUGGUACCUUUGAGUGUAUUCUGCUGAACCCAGUUGCCAACUGAAUUAGACCAAGAACCGUUGCACACUUGCCUGGGAGGAAGUAUCACUGAGUGUGGCUAAUAUACAUGUAUAGGAUUGCAUAUGCUAGGUAUAAGAUUGAAACAAAAAGUUUUCAGCAAGCAUCUAAAAGAUUAUAGUGUUGGUGCCUGCCUAAUAGCAAUAGGCAGGGAGUUUCAAAGUACAGGUGCUUCCUAACAAACCAUGAUUGCUAGCCAACCUGAAGGCAUGGCUUGGAGAUCAUGGCCUCUUAGGGAGCUACAAACCAUGAUUCUUGGUUCAGACAUAACAGGGAACCAAGGUUUCGUGCUUUGCUUAUCCUGUUUGCCCCGGGGAAGACUAAAGUGGGAGUGAUGGGACAGCAUGUGUACCAGCCUAUUUCACAUUCACAAUAAACCAUGAUAAGCCAGAAUAUCUAUUAUGUGGCUCUUGUCUCUCAACUUAACUUUAAUCGCAAAGUGAUUGUGAAUGAAUAUAGAGAUGGGGGGGAGGGGAGGAACUUUGUUGUGAGCCACCUUGAGCCCCUUAUUUUAAAUCCGAGGCCCACCUUUGUGCUUUGCAUUAGAGGGUAAACAGCUCAAUUUUUAUCUUUUGGGAUGUCUCAGUGAAAUAAUUUUAGUACCAAUGUAGCACUGGCUGUGAAACAAGUAGAUUGCUCGACUGUCAAUUUAUAACCUAGCUAGUGUAUUAAGGUACACUGUUGACUAUUCUCCCUCCUAACAAAUUGUGUUUCCAGGCAACUUCUUUCAGCGAUGGAAAGUUCCCUUAGAAGUUCAGCUGAGCAGACAAGUGACUAGUUCUGGUGUUCCGGGAGGCAAAGGCGAAAAUACUGUCUUUGCCUUUCUUGUGGGCUUAUCCGCCUUAGGAGCAGGGGCCUAUGUAAGUAGAAAGGCCUGAUGGUCAAGAAAAGAGCAAGAUGUCUCCUGCUACACGGUGGUCAUUUCUCUUCUAAGCUCUCCUUUGGUUUCUGCUCUUCAUGCUUCUCAUCUCUGUUCCUGUGCUUCUCUUCUCCGUUAGCAAAAUCUCACAGGAGCAAAGUUAAGCCUGGCUCAAAAGUUAACCUUUUCUCUCAUUGUUUCAGUUAUCUCACCAGAAGGGCAAACACUAUAAAUCCACAAACAAAUGGCUACUUUGUCUGCUAUACAGUGGUACCUUGGUUCUUGAACUUAAUCCAUUCUGGAAGUCCGUUCGACUUCUAAAAUGUUUGCAAACCAAGGCACGGCUUCUAAUCUGGGGCUGAUUGGCGCCAGAAACAAUGCCAACAGCUGAAACAGAUGUUCAGCUUCCAGGAAACAUUCGCAAACUGGCACACUUGUGGGUUUGCAGUGUUUGGGAGCCAAGCCAUUCGGGAACCAAGGUACUACUUUAUUGAGUUUGUACAGAAACUAGAUUGAAAUUCUAUGUUUAUUCUUACUGGUUGGAAGAAUUCUGAUAUUUUUCGUAAAGGAGAGAUUUUUUUUUAGCAAUUAUUGCAUCAUAUACUGAGCUUGUCCCUAAACACAGGCUGAUACACUUGCUUAGCUUGAGAGUUCUGUUUAUUGCUGCUUUCCAGACACAUUGUAGAAUGCUGUAAAUGCCAUAGCUUAUGACAUUAGCAGUAGACAAAGCCAUUGUUUUAGUCUCCCAGGAAACUUGCAGAUUUGGUAUUCUGGUAUUCCUGGAGACUGGGUAUAUGCAAAUUUGGUUUAAGGAUUUUCCUCCCACGAUACCCUUUUUUCAAAAGAAGGUCAGCUAUGAAUUAUUGUUUAAAAUCAGACUCUUAAAUAGCAGGACUUAACCGAGGGUAAAAAAGGAACAUUGGCUUCGUUCUUAAAUUAUGGUUUGGUCACCAGGAUCAGACCUCAGACUUGUUGCACUCCUUGCACACUCUGAUUCCCUUCCUGGUUUGAGUAUACCAUGGGUGGCUGUUAUGUUCAACUCUAUCAAACUAUGGUUUGCCUCCAAAACAGAUUUGGAAAUCCAUUUCAAACCAAGAUUCCAGGCCAUCACUGGAAAACUUUGGGGAAAGACUGGGUACAUGAGCCUGAUGCGUGAACCUGAUAGCAGAACAAUUGGUUUGUCUGUUCUCUGAGAAUCGAACCCCUGAGUCUUUAAGCAGUCGGGAUCUGCAGGAUGCUUUGAUUGCGUUUGUGCAACAUGUUCUUAGUUCUUGGCUCAUUUGUCUUGCUUUGAUGUUGCUCUAUCUCAGCAAGCUUUCCAUGGCCCACUGGAGACCCUUUUAAAAUAGAAAAGCUGCUAUUAUUCAGUGUCUCUUCUUCUUGCCCCCAAUCCUGGUGAAAUCCUGCAUCAGCCACUGGCGCCACUACUGACCAGCUAUUUUGGAGUCGUGCUGAUUUGGGAGUAGCUGCCAGGAACUGUGGCACUAGGGAGAAUGGGUGUAAGAAAUAUUUACCAGGUCAGACAAGUAGUUGAUCUGUCCAGGGUCAUUACCAAGUCAGUCUCUUACUAGUCUGGCUAUUACCAGUCAUCCAUUGUCUCUUUGUUGAAACCCUUUUACUAGGAAAGCUUUUGCGUUGGACUUUGCCUAUAUAAAGCAUAGCUUACAAUUAAAGCAUUAGGUAUUCUAAACAACAAAACAAUAUAUAAAGAUAUUGUUCUAAGCAAUAUUUAUUAUACUAGCUACUUUUAACUUGAGGUUGCCAGUGGUCUCUGAUCCCAGGGACUGGCCAACUCUAACUCUUCUUAGCUUGAGCACCUAUGCAGCGUCAGAUGCUUCCUAAACCAUUCAGAGGAUCUGCCCGUGGAACACACCAAAAUCAUUUUCUAAAGGGAAACUGCUGGGGACAGCCUAAAACACUCUUCAAAGGAGCUAAUAACUGAUGUUGUAAAUGAAAAGAGGCCAUUGAGCUGCCCAUUGUUUUGGCAACUGAAUGGUGACAAUUUUCCAGGGUUUGGGGCUGAGAUAUCUCCCAUGACCUACUUCCCGAUACUUUUUUUAAAGUGUAGAUGCCAGCAAUUGAACUGGAGACUUGUGUAUGCAAAGCACACACUCUACUCUUUGCAUGUGCUUCCUCUUCUAAAAAAACAGUAUAGGGUAUGGGGUGGGCAGUUUGAAACCUGUUUUGGUGGAGACAUGGAUAAAUCUAGUGCAUUGUGCAAAUGUACAGUUACUUGCCACCUUAAGACAUUAUGCUGGGUUCCUUGAACAGAGAGAUGUGAAUAAUCUCAGAAAGCAACUAGAUGGAGAUUCAGAGUGUGCCUCUCAUUUAUUUUGAAUGAUAGGAAAGGACCUUUGGAAUAGUGUGCACCUCUUGUGCAAUGUUGCCACUUCAUACAUCGUCAUCAUCAUGUCAAAAUGUUUAGGACCCAAUCCAAAGAAGCAGCAGAACCUUUGCAACUGCUGGUGGUAAUGGGAAAGAAUUGUGGCAUCUGGGAGUAAGACAAACACCUGCUUUAGCAUUCUCUUCUGCAGAAUAAUUUCAUGAAAUAGCAGAUGUUAUGUGCAGACCUCACCUUCUCACAUGCCUCAGCUGCAGGAGGGGAAGGCAGUGGCUGUUCUUGAACAAGGCUGCUUCUUUUCAUGGUCAAAGCUAAAUCUACAAUGAAUCAGGGAUGAAAAGAGUCCUUUUCUUUACUAUAAAUGAACACCUUCUGUCUUUUAGCAUACUGGUUUUGACACAGCCCUUGCUCACCCCAAGAUCUGUAUAAUCCAGUGUCCUAAUUUCAUACUCAGAGCUCUCUGCUUCCUUUCCCUCUUCUCUUUCCUCCCUGUCUCCUUUUACAGUUUUGCAGUGCCUGCAUCUCAGACCCCCUUCUAGAUCGCUAACGUCUACAGGUGCUCCUGGCAAGGGCAGCAGCAACCUAAUGUACUUCUUAAUUGUAGGAGGAGCAGUUACGGGGGCAGGCGCUUAUGUAAGCUGCUUUCCAUUGAGUUUGGUUGCCGGGGCUGGUGGGUGGUGCAUGACAUAACUGAAGCUUGCCAUUUCAUGCUGGCAGUCUUAAAUGUUCACAACCUAAUCUUUCUAUAAAAUAGAGCUUUACUGCAGCCUUCUCCAACCUGGUGCUCUCUAGUUGUUGUUGCACUACAACUCCCAUCAGCACUGACCUUCAGCCAUGUUGGCUUGGCCUAGUGGGAGUCCAAAUAAACAUGUAGAGAGUGCCAGGAUGGAGAAGGCUGACUUUGGAGUUCAUGCUUCUGGUUGUGGUAAAUCAAAUGCUUGUCUUUGCUCCUGCUGUCUUUGAAGGCUCAGCUUCUUUGUUGAUGGAUGUUGAUUCUCUCUCUGUCUAUCUCUCUCUCUCAGUCUCUCCAUCAUUAUUCUUUUAUCUUACAUAAUUUUGUACCUGUUUAAGAAGAACCUUGCACACUUUUUCAUUUUUAGCAAUUGCUAACUUUCCUUUCUCCCCCACGUCUUCUCCCUCAUAUUUGUGUGAUUUUUGCUUCUUGCUAAUAGAUGCUUUAAUUCACUUUUUGCAUGGAGUUGGGGUGUCUUGUUACUUUUUCAGACCCCCUUUGGGAAAGUAUACAUGGUUUUAUUUAUUUACUUUUUGUUGAGAGGGGAAGAAAUAGUCCACAGGCACACUUUGAGCCAACUUAUUUCUCAGCAAUAUAACUCCAGUCAGCAGCGACUUUCACUAGAGACAACAUUUGAGUACGACUAGCCUGCUGAGACUUAUCUAGCCUCUCAAGACCACAGCCACUGCUUCCCCCAUCCCACAGCUGUCUUGCCCCUGCAUAGAUGGUGCCUUAAGAGAGCAACAUUUGGAUUUGGCCCCUGAGCCCAGUAGCUGCUGAUCCAUGGAUCAGAUUUUCCAGUUGUCCGCACCUUUAUAUGUUUGCUGAAUCUAAGCCUGGACAGUCCUCUGUAGCAACCUUCACUUGGAGUUGCAGAAAUUCUCUCCCCUCUGCAAAAGGGGACUCUCAAAUUACCCCUAGCUUUUCAAGCCCACAAUCUUUGUAUAAAAUGUGUUCCCACUGCCCUCCCCUGGGGAGGCAGACACUUCCCUUUUUUUGCUUUACUUCCUUGGAAUGAAGCCACUUUUCCUGAGUGUGCCGGGUGGACAAAAGCCAAUUGCUCAGCUAACAGUAAAUGCAAAGAUAAAUCAAAUGUAUGUCAAAAUUGUCACCUGUUUGGUUGUCUAGGCGUACAAGACAUUAAGAGAAGAUCAAAAGCGGUAUAAUGAGCGCAUUGCAACAAUAGAUCAGCGCCCCGAGCAGGAUGCAAAAGCCCUGUCAGGUAUGUAUCUAGCUUUAUCAGGAUUGCCUCAACCUUUAGAAGAGGGAUGUGUAACACCUCCAGAUGUUGUUGAGCUCAAGCUCUCAUCACUCCUGACAGCUGUCCAUGCUGGCUGGGGCUGAUAGGAGACAAAGCAGGUCCCUGAUAUAAAAUGUUGGUUUGCAAGCUGGGAUCUGCAAAGAAGAGAGUUCAAAUAAGGAUCACUGUUUUAAAAGGUUUUACCAUCAUGUAAGGAAACGGAGCUGUCAACAGAGGGAAAAUAGGCCUUUAGCAGUAAGAUUCUGAGCAAAUACGACCCUAUCCUGUUAGCUGUAGCAGACAUUCCCAUCAAAUUAGCAUGUUGGCCUGAUCUGUGUGUGAUGUGAAGUUGCAUUCUGCUUACCUGCGCAGGGCAGCUUUCCAAAUUGCAUCUCCUCUCUUUCCAGAAGCAGAUGCUGCCUCCCAGAGCACAGCAGGUGAGAGAGUGCUUCAAGACAGACAGACUUUGUAUCCUUCCCACCACCACCAAAGUAUAUUUGAAUAGUGUUAUUUUUACAAUGUGUGCUGGUUCAGAAAUAAAUGCUGCAGUGGAGGCUGUGAUGGAGCGGCUGUCCACUCUUCUGUUUUGGAUUAUAGGGAAGGAAGAGACGUUUUUGGGGUCUCCUAGGAAAGUUCUGUAUUUUGCCCCUGUGCUUGGGCUUGUGAUCCUGGUGUGGUUUUGAUGCUACUGUGAAUACAAGAAGCUGCUUUCUACAGAGUCAGAGCAGUGACCUGUCUAGCUUAGUAUUAUCUCCUGCCCUCCAGGGUUUCCUGUCCCUACAUGGUGAUGUCAAGGAAAUUAAUCUGGAUUUAAGCUUUAGGCUGACCCUGUUUGUCUCUUUGGAGUGACCACCAUUGUUUUGAAGGGUUUGCUAAGUUGUAGUAAAGCUUACAACAGGAGCAGAGCACCUGUGCCCCUCCAGGUGUUGCUGCAAUUCACAUCACACCUGACAGUUGUUUGUGUCAAUAGGUGGUUUUAAGUAAGCUACUGUCCUCUCAGCUUCAGCCCCUCAUUUCCAAUCUGUGGGUGGCACUAUCGACUUACUUCAUAGGGGUGUUCUGAGGAUUACAACAAUGAAAAUAUCAGAUGCAUUUUGAAUACAUGAAGUCACUAUAUUACACACUAAUAUUGUUUCUUUGGUAUUAAAAUUAUUCUCAGGCAGAGAGAUGAGACUUAGCUCUUUUCCCUUUCUGUUUCUUUUGGACGAGAGACCUUUUUCUGUUCGGCUGUACCUUUGUGGUUGCCUUCACUGUCCACUUGGUUAUCUGUUGCUUGCAGCCCAAGAAACAGAAGCAGCCACUCGCUCAGAAGUUCCGUCCCAUGCUCCUUUCCUACUAAUUGGUGGAGGCACUGCUGCUUUUGCUGCAGCCAGAUCCAUCCGGGCUCGAGAUCCUGGGGCCAAGGUAAGUGACAGAAGCACGGAGUUUGGCUGCAACAUCAAAUUUUAUUGUACUUGUUGAGGUUCUUGAGGUAAAUAUUUCCACUGCCUCAUGUCCAAGGUACUGAUUGUGUCUGAAGACCCUGAACUUCCAUAUAUGCGGCCCCCACUUUCCAAAGAACUGUGGUUUUCAGAUGACCCAGAUGUCCCAGAAACGCUGCGGUUCAAGCAAUGGAAUGGUAAACAGAGGAGGUGGGUUCCUUGUUCCUCCCUCACUACAUAUUCUCCCCAAAUGUGCCAAAAUGAUAAUCAAUGUGAGUGUUUGAGACUUGGAAUCCAAAGCAAUGCCCUGGAAAGUAUCUGCUGUUACCCAAAUAGGUGCCUCAUGUUCCUGCUUAGCAAUGAGCUCUUUCCCAACUGAAUAAAUUUGGAGCAAAAAAGUUGGUUUCUUAUCUGCAGGUUGGGGCGUUGGCUCCUAGACCUGCUCGUUGCCGGGAUCCUUGCAAACAGUGAUGGACCUCUUGGCACUUGGUCCAGCAUGGCUCAUUGUAUGUCCUUGAGCAAGAGUGUAUACUCAGGAUUGCUCAACACAGAUCAGUUACGGCUUAAGUAUUGAGAGAUUGUGAAUUGCUUACUUUGUACCUUUAAAACAUGGUGGUGGACCAUGAAGAUUCUGUGUUUUAAAAAAAGUAUGAGGUCAACCCAUCCCUGGCAUGAAGGAUCCUGGUAUCUUUCCCAAGAAUUGCUUUUGAGUUUUAAGUUUAAUGUACAGUUUAGUAUUUUUGUCCAAUUUUGUUGACCAAAAGCUAAGGGCUCUUGAGGCAGCUUAUGACCCAUUGAAUGAUAUAAUAAUCCAACAGUAAGCACAAUAAAAUUGGGCACCCUGUAUAAUAAUAACCUGCAACAAUAAAAUAACAGCAGCAGCAGCCAGUCUUAAGCAUCAAGUGUUGUUCCUAACUAAGAUUUUACCUGCUUUUAAAUAUUCAUCAAGGAUUGACUUUCACUGGCCUCAUGGGGCAGUGAAUUCCACCCAGAGGGUAUCACUACCCAGAAGUCCUAAUCUUCAGCUGCCUAACUUGAGGAGAGUAGUGCAAGCACUUUGUUUUUUUUUUUAUAAUUGAUAUUUAUUGAAUUUUCAAAAAAUAACAACAAAAAUUUCCAAAAAAGAAAAAAUUUAAGGAUACAAAGAACAAAAUUAGUGCAUAAACAAAAAAGAAAAGAAAACCCAGCCGCAAGGAAAAAAAAAAGAAAAACAGAAAAACAAAAAGAUAAAGUCCUUUACAAUCUCUAUUGACUUCCUUUCUAGACUUCCUCCUCCCCCCUCUUUUGUUUCUUAAUUUUUAAUUUUUACAGCAAAUCCUUUCUGUUUUUCAUAACAAUCUGUCAUUACGUUUCCUUAUUCUAUUUUCCCUCUUGUCAUAUAAAAACUUUAAGACUCAUAGCUUAUAUUCAAUAUUUACCAAGUUCUUACAUCAUUACCUUUUUACGAAUCAUUUACCAAUCCUUGCUUAAGUCAUGUAAUUUCAUUCAACAUCCUUCAAACAUUUGUAAGCAUUCCCAAUAUUAAAAAGUAAAAAAGAAAAAAUAAUAAGUCAAAUUCAGUCCAGUCAGCUUCCAACCUCCCUUCCCCUGGACCCGGGAUUGUCAGUCCUUUUAGCCUCGGUAAUCCGGCUCCUUAACCUGGUUGUCUCGUAUCCGAGGCCCUCAAGUCUCUUUCUUGCCCCUUUCGCCACUCUUGUUGAUGAUUCCUUUCCAGUCGUGGAUGCUCCAGCAAGAAAAUGCUUUUGACCCUUUGCAACAAGUCCAUCCCAAACCCAUUGCCCAAGCCAGACAGCAAAUAAUACCACUUCAAAUUUCCACAAAGCUUGGAGACUUCAGCUACUUCAAUCCUCUGAUAGCCCAUCACCAGACUCGGAAGGUCCAAAUAACCAUAUGGAGGGGGGUCGAUCCAUCCCCCCAUUUCCAAAUCUGACCUCAUUUCAUCUUUCCGAAUCUGGUUUGUCCCAAGUUCAUUUAUCAAGUUCAAAGGCUGAUCUUGCCCGUCCAAAGGUCCCUCCAUCUCUGAAGCUUCCGUCACUACAGCAGGUUCAUAUGCUUGUAUAGCCUUUAACUGAAUUUCAUUUGUUUGCUGCUGUGCUCUGGUAACUUCCAUCAUCAAGGUCGUCUCCUGACGCAUCUGGUCCAGCUGGGCACUUAGUUUUGAAAAACCUUCCAGGAACAAUUGUUCAAGCCUUUGUACUAGCAUUGUCCUUCAAGGUCAAAGAAAAUUCUUUCCCACGAGAAUAGUCCAAUAGUCCUUCUCUUUUAAUCUCUCUGCGUUGCAAUUUCACUAAAUUCCACUAGAUGGAAUUUUUUUUUUUUUUUUUUAAAGGAAUAAAAGCAACAGCAACAAUCUUUCUUUUUCCAGAAACACUUUAUCCAAAAUUCCCCCCUUCCAAAUUCAAGAGGCAACAGUAGAAUCAAAAUGUUACCCUUCUUUUAACUAACUGUCGAGCUGGAUAAACUUCAGAACGUCAAUUCUGACAGCCCGCUCCUGGUUCAGGGCGGUGGAAAAUUGCUUUAUUUUAAACUCACUUCCGCAGGAUUGAAAAGUCCAAAUACAACCCCCUUUUUCUCCUGCAGUCAAAGGGGGGGUUCAGAAAUCUUAGAUGUUGAAUUCUAGUUCUCUUAAAAUUUAAUUUUCAGGCUUUAGUGUAUUUUGUCUUUGCUUUCUUCACAUAACAAAAGAACGGGAGGCGACUUCCUGUUUAGACCUUCCCAUUCCGAGUCCCAAUUAAGUUCAAUUUCAAGUCCAAUAUUAUUUGUUUAUUCACCAGUCUUAAAAGUGGUUCAGCUCUUCCAAGAUCAGGUACUCACGGAUAGAUGUUUUAGAUGCCAAAUUGUCCAGGAAAAUGGCAGCGCUCUCCAAUAACGGCAGUGCGGCUUUGCUGCACGGAGGAAGCAGACGACUCACAGCACCACGCACCUCCACUCCGGAGCCCGUGACCGGGCUCCUGGACCCCGGGAGAGAGCGCUCUCGGUGCCCGCCGAGUCCCACGUCCACAGGCUUCUUCCGCCUGUGGUUUUUACGGGUCCCCGCUGCGCCGUAGCGGCAGGACCCAAGCCUCCGUGCAGCGGGUUCCCUUCAGUCCGAAGGGAAUUCCGCCAUUUUCCGGAGGCGCCACCCCGGAAGUCGAGUAGUGCAAGCACUUUGAAGCAGGGUCACCUCUGGAGAUAUUAAAACAGGAAUAGGCAGUGUAGGGUCUUCCAGGCAUUGUUGGACUACCAAAACCCACCAGCCCCAGGGCCAGUGGUCAGGGAUGAUGGGAGAUGUCAUCCAACAGCAUCUGGAGGGGACCACAUUGGCCACUACUGGGUUUGAGUAUGUGGAGGUAUGCAUGGGAAGAAGCAAGUCUGAAGAUAAUGGCUACUUAAGAGUGGAGCAUCACUUUCUCCCUUCUUAUUUAUCACCCCACUGCAGUAUAUACUUCCAGCCACCUUCGUUCUAUGUAUCUGCACAUGACCUGCCUCACUUAGAGAAUGGUGGAGUGGCCGUCCUCACUGGAAGGAAGGUUAGUGUAGCAUUGAUUACAUCUGUUUCAUCAGUAUAUCUGAAGGGAUUUAUAUCCUCUCCUUUAUUUCUUGAAACCAAAGCAGAAUCAUUAACAAACCCAAUCAGUGUCAAAACUGAAAGAGAUGCUGCUGUAUAUAAAACAGCAUGACACCCAAUUUUAGCAGGGGGCUGGCAGAAGGGUCGUAGCUCAUUGGCGGAGUGCAUAUGUUGGCUGUGGAAGGUCACAGGUUCAGUCUCCGAGUCAGACUGGGAAAGACGUCUGUUGGAAAUGGUAGAGAGCUUUUGCUGCCAGUCAGUGCACAGACAACGUGUAUUUAGAUAGAUCAGUAGCCUGACUUGUACUAAGGUUGUUUCCUAUGUUCCUAGGGAGGAGAAAUGUUAAAAGGCUUGCAAAAAUUAAAAAGGGCUUGCCUGGUGCCAGAAGAUAAGAGUUGGCACCUGGCAAUGGAUAGUUUGUUCCAUAGCAGUGGUUGCCUCCAUUUCUCUUAUUGUUAAAUAUUUUAUUAAGGAUUUUCUUGUUUUACAGAAGUAAGUGUACUGCCUCGUAUAUAUAUUUUUUUCAUGUAACAUUUUUACAAAUCCAUUUCAUUUGUUGAGGCAUUAGGGGGGAGAAGAAAAAAAAAAGGGAAAAAGAAAGGGGGGUGGAGAGAGGGAAGAUGGAUGGGGGUGGGGUCGGGUGGCGGUGUUUCUAUUAUGUUUAAUGUAUGUAGAGUUUGGUGUCAGCGUUGCUUGUGUUGUUCACUUGUGUUCCUUUGGUGGUGAGAGAGGUUGGGGUUGGCCUAGGGUGUGAUUGUCUGCUUGUGAUUGUCACCCAAGCCAGCGGAGCCCAUAGGAGGUCCUCUCAAGAUGAUGUAGGCAGGAUGAGGAACCUCAGGGGCAAUGUUGGCCCUCCAAGCCUCUCUGCUUAGCCCCCCCACCUUAGGCGAUGACUCAUACCAGCCCUUCUCUUUAUCCUCCUUGUGUGUGUUUUCCUGGCUGGAAUUCAUCCUUGAACUGCAGUGAUGCACCCUGUUUGCCUGAAUGUAGAGAUAGAGGGAAUGGGAAUCUUUGGCUUUUACAUGGCUGAAUGAAGCCAGCUGUACAGAAGUAAGAGUUAGAACCAUUUCUCUGCCCACUUUGCCUCUGGCCCCACACACCACUGGCAAGCAAAGGUUAUCUGUUAGGGCAGCUCUUCCCAGCCUUAGGUCCCUAGACAUUGUUGGACUGCAACUCCCAUCAUCCCUAGCUGGCAGGACUGGUGGUCAGGGAUAAUGGGAGUUGUACUCCCAACAACAUCUGGGGACCCAAGGUUGAGAAAGGCUGCAUUAGGGAAUGCUGCUCAGGUUCUGUGUGCUCACUCAUUUCUGUGCGAAACAUGAGCUUGUGUUUGACUUGCAGGUGGUCCACAUGGACAUCAGAGGCAACAUAGUGAAACUUGACAACGGUUCAGAGAUCUCCUACGACAAGUGCUUAAUUGCCACAGGUUAGGAUGUGGAGGCUGCUUCUUUUUCUCUUUCAGUCUACAGUGGGUGGACAUUGGGUGUAUUAGCCAAGAUGCCAGAGGGCUCUGAUAUUCUGCCUAGAUGUGAUUUUGGUAUUUCGUUUGUGUCCGCAGGUGGUUCUCCAAGGAAUCUUCCUGUGAUUGAGAGAGCAGGCAAAGAGGUGCAUCAGAGGCUCACCCUUUUCCGGAAGGUAAUCUGAAGAGGGGAACCAUCUUUUGAGCAACAAUUCAUCCAUCAGUUGCCAUGAUGAAUUUAUGCUUAUUAAUUGACUUGUUUUUAAGAAAUUGUAUUGAACUGAAAGCUUAUUGAUUCCCCCCUAAAAAGCAUAUUAAAAAACAAAGAAAAAAUGCAAAGCAGACAAGCACUAGUGUUUCUUGAACAUCUCAAGAUCUGAAAGAUAUCAGAAAAUCCCAGAGCAAUUUCUCAUUUUUCCCUUGUCUUCUUCCCCACUUCCCUGCCACCCCAAAUUUAUAACAUUAGAUGCAAGUGUCUUUUAUGUGUUGUUUUUCCUGAGUGUGUAGAGAGAGAGGGAGAGAGUUUAAUUUCUAUCCUGCUUUCCUCACAAAGGAGCCCAGGGUGGCAGACAACAAAGUAGUUGGAACAGUGCAAUUGAUUUAAAAUAAAAGUAUUAAAAACAUUGGAAACAAUCACAAACAUUUAAACAUGUUAAGAACAUUUUAAAAAAUGUUAAAAUGUGCAGCAAAUGAAAAACAUUUUUCUAGACUGUCAUCCGCAAAGAACAGGAUCUGUGCCCCAUUUAAUUUGGAUUGAAAUCUUGUCUAUAACCAAGAGUUUUCAUAGUUACCAAAUCAACUAGUAAGGUAAAGGUACCCCUGACCGUUAGGUCCAGUUGCGGAUGUCUCUUGGGUUGCGCACUCAUCUCGCUCUAUAGGCCAAGGGAGCCAGCGUUUGUCUGUAGACAGCUUCCGAGUCAUGUGGCCAGCAUGACUAAGCUGCUUCUGGCAAACCAGAGCAGCACACAGAAAUGCUGUUUACCUUCCCGCCGGAGUGGUACCUAUUUAUCUACUUGCACUUUGACGUGCUUUCGAACUGCUAGGUGGGAGGAGCUGGGACCGAGCAACGGGAGCUCACCCCGUCAUGGGGAUUCGAACCGCCGACCUACUGAUUGGCAAGCCCUAGGCUCUGUGGUUUAACCCACAGCGCCACCCGCGUCCCUAAUCAACUAGUAACAAACAACAAAUGCUUGGCUUUCCUUCAAACUGCUAGCUUAGCUUGCAUUGACUUUCAUUGUUUGAUAAUGUCUUCUCUUACUUUGCUUUAUUGUGUUGAUAUUGUAUCUGUUUUUGCUAUGUUGCUUUUAGAAGGCUUCUUUAGAAGGAAAAAAUGGGGUGUGGAUAUUGAACUGAAACAAAUGGGGGGAUUUGUCAUUUUUGCACUGCUCAGUCACAAUUUGGGUGAACUGCAGAUUCUCACCUGUUGGUUAUGGAAAGCCCACAUCCCUGUCUUGUGUUACCUGUAGACCUCAAGCAAUAUCAAAAGAGAAUGGGCUCCUAGGUCCUCUGCUCACCUUGUAGCUCGCUGGUCUCAGUGAGAAACUAUAAACUAAUAACUUUUCUGAUUAAUGUACUGAACAGGGACACCGUUACUAACACUGACUAAAGAGAACCACUGAAAUGCUCCCCUGUCUCCUUGCAGGUUGAAGAUUUCCGUUCACUGGAGAAAAUUUCCAGAGAAGUCAAGUCAGUCACCAUUAUUGGCGGUGGUUUCCUGGGUAGUGAGUUAGCCUGUGCUUUGGGGCGAAGAGGUAAGCGUGACCUCUGAUUAGUGAGAGUCUGCAAAGAGCAGGAGUUGAGAGUGUGAUACCAGGGUAUAAAUAGCCACUGGAUCAUCAAGCUUAUUUGGCUAAACCACUCUUACUCCCUGUUCAAACCUGCUGCUGUGGUGAUGAACAAGGCAAGAAUUUUAAAGUGCUCUGCCACGAUGCAAGGACUUAAAAAUGAGAAUAGUGGAAUAAACACAGUGAGUUGCCUUGCUCGGAAUGAAUCAGUCGGGUCUGGAUUGUUUUCACUGCAAUUAGGUCAGCUUGGCAGCAUGUAAAAUCUCACAUGUUCAGCCCAUGUUCAAAUUUUUGCCUUUUGAUUUACUUCUUGGAGUUGUUGUUGAGAGACACUCUCUCUUGAGAACUAGUAAGGUUAAUUGUAGACUAGAUGUGCUAAGUCUGUUGUCCUUUUAAAAAAAUGACUGGCUUCUUAGCCCUCCAUCCUCACUGCUGAUGACUGGAGGUCUAGCUUAUAUCUUCCCAAGUUCUGAAACUGCACCAGAGGCUGCCCAGCCACUCCCCCCUCCCACAAUUCUCUUCUGCAGUGAUGAGGACUAGAAUGUUGUUAAUGUGGCUGUUCUCAGGAUACUGAAGUUCUGUUCUCCUGCAUGGGUGAUUCUGGGAGCUUGGAGCACAACAGCCCUGCCUAAGUGGUGAUGUGUACCAAUUUCCCAGGAAGCCAAGCAGACAGACACCAGCCUUGAGGAGUUUCUCACUUUUGAGUGUGCAGAAGUCUGCUGGGCAUAAAAGAAAGCAGGAGUACAUGCAUUUACUGGCUUUUGCUGUGACUAAUCUUGUUCCCAGCCUCAGUCUUGUGCACAGGUGUUUAAAUAUUCAUAUGGCACCUCUUGGUCUUUUGCUCCCAAGGUAUCUUACAAUAAAUCUGUCUCUCAUUCAUGCAUGCACGCAGCAUCAAGAAGCAACAGUAUCAGAAAGCAUCAGCACUGAAGAUAAAAACGGGAGAUAAAGCAAUGGAAAUGAACAACUGCAGUCUUCAUACAAAUUGUGAAAAUUGUAAAAUGAUAUUAUCCCCCAAACAAUCAGUGAAUUCUAUUGACUUGAUGCCAAAAGCUAACACUGAUGGUGCUGUUGGGGGAAUUUUGGAUUCCAUACCCAAUAGCCUAGACAGCCAAUAGAACCCAGACACCAAUUGUCAGUCAAACAGGAUUUUUAUUUAGGUGUUGCAAGGCCAAUGCAACACAACCUGAACCAGCAAGUAGUUGAAGGGUGGCAUCCCAAAUUUGAAAAAAAGCACAAGCUUUUUUGUUAUGUCCAUAUAUGGCAGUACUUCUGCCAAUUAGCUUCUACUGGUUUAAUCGCAAACCAUAACAACUUUCUUACCUUUUCCUCCUCGGUAAAGGUAAAGGUAAAAGGACCCCUGACCAUUAGGUCCAGUCGUGGCCGACUCUGGGGUUGCGGCGCUCAUCUCGCUUUAUUGGCCGAGGGAGCCGGCGUACAACUUCUGGAUCAUGUGGCCAGCAUGACUAAGCCGCUUCUGGCGAACCAGAGCAGCUCACGGAAACUCCGUUUACCUUCCCGCCGGAGCGGUACCUAUUUAUCUACUUGCACUUUGACGUGCUUUCGAACUGCUAGGUUGGCAUGAGCAGGGACCGAGCAACGGGAGCUCACCCCGUCGCGGGGAUUCAAACUGCUGACCUACUGAUCGGCAAGUCCUAGGCUCUGUGGUUUAACCCACAGCGCCACCCGCGUCCCUUUCCUCCUCCUAGUUACAGCUAUAGUCCUGUGUGCAUGCGAUUUAAUCCUUCUCUCGUGGUUCCCUUGCAAACAUAGCCUUCACUUGCUCAACCCUUCUCACACACAAAAACUUUUAAUUUUAUGGGCAUGUCUGUGGAGGGUAUUUCCUGCACUGGGUGCUAGCUCAGAAAAGACCCUUUUUCCAGGUCUCUUCCUGCUUACUCUGUGAAGGUGGGGACACCUGAAGGGCCUCUUAAAUCACGGACAGGUUUAAAUGGGAGAAAUACAAUCUUUCAUGUACUCUGCUCCUAGGCCUUAGGGCUUAAACCAGCACUUUGAAUUAUGCCCUAAAACAAAUUGUAGCUCACACUCUCCAAUUCCCUUUGCAGCACAGUCAAGGGGCCUAGAAGUGAUCCAGAUGUUCCCAGAGAAUGGCAACAUGGGCAAAGUUCUUCCUGAGUACUUGAGCCACUGGACCACCAACAAAGUCAGGCGAGGUAAGGCCUUUCCUUUUCUGCCUUCAUGCUGGAGCUGUUGAGAGCCUAUCCUUAAGCACCCAGACGCAUGUCAGCCUGGGCUGUAGACUGGCAUGGUCUGAUUUUGAGGCUGCAACAGCCUCUCAGCAGGAAGAUUUGCAUGAGAAUUGUCUCUAAGCCAUCUUUCUGUUCCACAGUCCUUGUGCAAUGAGGCAGCUCUGCCGUUUGAUCCUAGGAGGCAUAGCUGAGGCUUGCCACCCCAGCAUCCUUAUCUCAUGCCUGCAGUAUGGCCAUGGCACAUUUUCCUAGCUGCUUAUAGCAUAUCUGCCCUGCCGCUUACAUCCAAAGCAGCCACCUAGCAUCUGCAUUCUGACUCCCUGUGCAAUUGCUACUCUGCGUUUUCGCUCUUUGGACAGCCAGGUGUAGGCUCCUUCCUGCAGCUCGGGAGUGGGGAACUGCUGUUGUGCAGGCUGAAUCCGGCUUGCAGCAGAUUCGCACCCAGCUUCAGUUUCACCUCAUCUCUCCCAGCAACUUGCAGGAAUGAGGAGCGAGUGCUGUGUUCCUCUCCUGGUGAGCCGGUUCUGUUUCUGUGUUGGGCCAUGAGAAAGAAAAAUAUUUUUUUUGAGGGGGAAGGGGGGGACUGGCAGAAACAGAAUUAAAGCAAGUGUCUGCUGGUAUUUAACUCCACCCCCCCCCCCCGGAGAGAAUGUGGCCCUUGACUUAAAACGCUUCCCGACUUCUGUGCACCCUGCAUUGCAACCCCUCCUUUGAUCUCCCUGCUGUCAGCUAUAACCAUAGGCAAGAUCCCUUUUUGUAAAAUGCAUCCCAGCCUGCCAUGCCUCUGUAAUUGCCCUGCCAAGUCUCUUUCUGCCUCAGCUAUUAAUGUUGCCCCUUAAGCAAAAGUUGGGAUAGCUCAGUUGGCAGAGCAUGAGACUCAUAAUCUCAGGGUCGUGCAUUUGAGCUCCACGUUGGGCAAAAGAUUCCUGCAUUGCAGGAGGUUGGAGUUGAUGACCCUCGUGGUCUCUUCCAGCUCUACAAUUAUAUUAUUCUAACCCCCCACCUUCUCUCUCUCUCUCUCUCUCUCUGCUGCAUUGUAAUGGUUGGUGGCACUCCUGUUCCAUCCCUGCAUGCUUAGUUUACGAAGCUCCUAAAGUUUGCACAGAUUUAUUAAAAUGCCACAGUCCCUGCCUGCAGGCUGAUGAGCCUAAUAAAUAUGAAAGCACAAAUGGAGUGGGGAAGAACAGGAAGUCAAGGCAUGUAGAGGCACUCGCUCAUAAAGUUAGCAUUCAUGCGCACACUUCCGGUAUUGAAAGGAAAGGUGGCAGGCAGGAGUGCAGUGCUAGCAAUUACAAUGAGCAUGGGGGAAGCAAAUUGAUCACUGGCUUUAAAUUGAAGGUGUUGCGGCACCAGCACUGUUCCUUUUGCUGCCCUGGGGUGAGCUGGAUGCCCUCCAGGUCUUGACCAACCCUGCUGCUGUGUCUUUUCUCUGUAGGGCAGCAAGGCAGUGUGCAACCUUCAGGCAUUGCUAGGGUUGCCAUAUUUCAAAAAGUAAAAAUCAGGACACCCCAAAAGUCGUUGAGCUUUUUUUAAAAGAAGAUCCCAAAAGUUGUUGAUCUGCCUAAGAUCCAGGAUGAAGCACCACAUUUUGGAAAUUCCCCCCAUAGGUCAAUUCCACCUUUGAAAUCCCAGUAAUGUCCGGAAAAAUGCAGACAUCUGGGAGCCCUAGCAAUACUGUCUUUCUCCACUGCAUCUCUCUGCCUCCUGCCAUCAGGCAGUAGUUGUUUUCUGUGCUUUACUUGCAGAGGGAGUGAAUGUGAUGCCCAAUGCCAUUGUCAAGUCUGUAUCUGUUGUUGGAAACCGGCUGCAAAUAAGACUGAAGGAUGGAAGGAAAGUGAGUACUGAGCAAGUGACAAGAUGGAUCACCUGCCUUUUCCAUGUUCUGCCUCCACUGUCAGAGCCAGUACAGUGGUACCUCGGGUUAAGUACUUAAUUCAUUUCGGAGGUCUAUUCUUAACCUGAAACUGUUCUUAACCUGAAGCACCACUUUAGCUAAUGGGGCUUCCGGCUGCCACCACGCCGCCACUGCGCGAUUUCUGUUCUCAUCCUGAAGCAAAGUUCUUAACCCGAGGUACUAUUUCUGGGUUAGCAGAGUCUGUAACCUGAAGCGUAUGUAACCUGAAGCGUAUGUAACCCAAGGUACCACUGGAUAACACUUGUGAAUAUUGUUACUGGUAACCACAGGAGGGGAGAGUGCUAUUGUGAUCAGGUCCUGCUUCUUCUUAUGUUUAUGUGUGUCUGUCUGCGCACAGAAGGAGUGAAUUGUGAUCAUAAUAUAAUCCAACCCAACCCUCGGUUCCUGCUCCCUACUGAAACCAACUUAAGUCGGUGUAACUGAAGUAAAUGCAUAGUCUUUCCCCUCUCCACCCCAGUUAAGCUGACUCCUGUUUCACUCCUUUUCCUCUGCUUUCUCCUCUCUGUCAAAUUUUGGACUGUAAGCACUUUGGGGCUAAGGCUUCUAAGUGUUGGCAGCCACAUAGUACACAGGUAGUUUCAGAGGAAUUAAAAAACGGUCUGCUUUUUCUGUUUUUUUCAGGUGGAGACCGAUCACAUUGUGGCAGCUGUGGGCCUGGAGCCCAAUGUUGAACUGGCCAAGUCAGCUGGCCUGGAGGUGGACUCAGACUUUGGGGGCUUUAGGGUCAAUGCAGAGCUCCAGGCCCGCUCCAAUAUCUGGGUGGUAAGUGUGUUUGUGUAUGUAUGGAGAGAGCGUCUGAAUGGGCCUGAGUUGCUGGAGAGUUUAUUGAAUAUAAAGAUUUAGUACAGGCAACUCCCCACUUAAUGCAGUGGUUAUGUUCUGGGGCCCUGUGCACAUGAGUGAAAUUGCAUAAAAUGGGGAGCACCCCUAAACACCCUUCAAACACCUCUACCACUCUCUCUUCAAUCCAUACCAAAAAAUACUGUAUCCAAAAGUAUCCAUAACUGGAAUUGAAGCUCUGGGGAUAGCUGGAGGAUGCGUGGGAAAGCAGUGCUGCUCCUGAGCUACCCCGCACGUCGGCUAUUAGGCAAGGAGGCUGAGCAGCCAACACAAAUCCUUGCUGUGCCUCUGGUCUUUUUGGGGCUUUCUCCACCCUCACUGAACGCUUCAGUGACUUUUGUCAGAGAGCCUCUCUCCCACCAUUUCCAAGUUUGAAUUGAACUGUUUAAUUAUUUCCCAGUACCACACACAAAUUGAUUACUCUUAAGGGGGGGUGGACACACACCUGUAUAAUAAGAGCAUCAAUUAUUAUUUCAAGUGCUUCCAUACAUGUAGCUUUCCAGGGCAAAGCUCUCCCAAUGUGGUUUACAAAAGAGAACUAGCUUUACGUACACAUCAUGAACAUUAUGCUUACAAAUGACCUGCAGAAUGAUCCACUUGCAAUGCUUCCAGUUUAGCCCUCUCCACCCCCACCCCCCAAUUAUUUAUCCAUCACCCUGUGAUCUAUUUCACUGUGCCUGUUCAUCAGUGGUUCCCCUGCCCUGUCUCUGCUUCUUUCUUUGGAUGGUCCAGUGCCUCGGAACUUUGUUCUAAGGGUGGAAAGGUUUUGGAAGUUGAACAGCAGUCUGUUUUGGAUAUGGUUUCAACCAGUGUUUCCUAACCUGAAGACUUCCAGAUGUUCUUGUACUACAACUCCUGUCAUCCUUACUGGCUGGGGCCGAUGGGAGAUGGAGUCCUAACUAUCUGGAGGUUGGAGAAGUCUGUUUUUAGACUGUCUUAAUUUUCCUCCAAAACUCUUCACACCUGUAUGCCAGACAGUAAUUCAGCAGGUCAUAGACCUGGGUGUAAGUACAAUGGAGAGGUGGCUACAGCUGUUUCUCCCUUGAAUGGUCUCAGCAAUGGAAAUUGGUUGCUGGAGGAAGUGGGGGAGACCAAGCUCUGUUUUUAUCUAAUCACAAUGGAGGAGUGCCCAAAUGCUGUUUUCUCUCCCUCUGGAUGAUGACAGUUGGAAGGAACAUCCAAGCAUGUUGCUUUUGAGGAGCAGGGGUUAAAGGAGAAUGACAUGCUUGUUGGCACGGAAUCUAGUAAUGUGCAUGGGAUGCUGAUAAACUGUUCCCAUUUAAAGCGAAGAAAGUUAAGCUUCUGGUCAUCGUGACACAAAUUUCCUACUCCCCAAAAGAAAAUAGCUAAGGGUUCCUGACUGUGACUAGCAGCAUAUUCAGUGCUGAAUAUGGGACAGCUUCAUUCCGCUCUAGUUUUAAUCACUCUUCAAAAGCCCAUUUCCUCUUUUUCCAUCUCCACCAACGCUGCAAGCAUUCUUAAAAAGAGUUUCAGGCCACCUUUCCCAGCUGGAGACCAACAAUGGGCAGAUUGAAGCCACAGUGGUGCUUUGAAGGACCUGAUAAAUCUCUUAUUAAUUUGACCUUUCUCUGCCCAGUCCUCACCCUUUGCACCUUUCCCAGGCAGGGGAUGCUGCUUGCUUCUAUGACAUCAAGCUAGGCAGGCGGCGUGUGGAGCACCAUGAUCACGCUGUGGUGAGCGGAAGGCUGGCAGGAGAGAACAUGACGGGAGCAGCAAAGCCAUAUUGGCACCAGUCCAUGUUCUGGUAAUGUGGAUUCUCUUGUUCUGUCUAAUUUUGCUCAGGUUGAACUGAUCUUCCUGGACCUUUUCAAUGUGCUGCAUUUGCAUCAACUUGGUGUAGCAAAGUUGUAGAAUCUGCCUUUCAUAUUAACUUCACUCUGUUGGUUCAUUUGGCCCAGUAUUGUCUGCUCUUGAUAGAAAGUGGCUCUCUGGGGUCUCUGGAAGAGGUAUCUUCCCCCUGUGUUGGUGCCUGAGAUCCUUGGUAGGAAAUAGUGAAUCUGGGGCUUUAUGCACUAAGGACCAUUGCUGGGGGUGUGGAAAAGCUGCCACAAAAAGCACAAGCUCUGUUACAGGAGCUAAACAGCCGUGUCACAUCCUAAAUGUUCAUCUGAGAUCUGAUCUACACAAGCAGUAGAAUAAGGUGGGGAUAAGAUGGUUAGGCUAUAGAUUGAGGUUGGUUUUUGAAUGCUCCCUUAAUAUACAAAACAAACAAACAAAAACAAAAAACCUGCACCCAACAACCUACAAGAAGAAAGCAAGGAGAGGUUCUAACAUUUCUUCCUGAUAUGCUUUCCCUUAAUUCUUGGAUACAUUAUUACUACUACUACUACUACUGCUACUACUACUACUACUAUUAUUAUUAUUAUUAUUAUUAUUCCUCACCCCUUGCAAUAUGAAAUGGAAUAUUCCUUUCCUCAUCUCAGAAUUCCAGACAUCUCCCCCAAGGCUCCUACCUCUGCUACAUGCAGGAGUAGCCAACAUGGCACGUCUCAGUUGUUGUUGGACUACAGUUUCCACCAUCCUUAACUAUUGGCCAUGCUGGCUGCAGCUGAUGGUGUUGGAAUCCAACAGCAUCUGGAGAGCACCACGUUAGAAGGGGCUGCUAUAACGAAAAGCUGUACAUAUUCUGCCAAACUAGGAUUUGGUGCGGUGGCCAGUGUCCUUGAUGCUUCAGCUUUUAUUUAAAAUAAAGAGGAAAGUUCUAGUUCUUAGGGCAUUAAAAUGGUUGAGCAGAGUGCUCCAGGUUCAAUCCAGCAUUACCUGUUAAAGGAUCUCAGGUAGCAGUUGAUAGGGAAAGUCUGUUACAGUAGAUCCUGGACAGCCACUACCAGUUACAGUGGACAGUUCUAGGCUUGGUGGACAGCAGUUGACCUGGAUGAGGCAGCUUUGGAUAUCUGUUGGGUUUUCAGUGGAUGGUACUUUUACCCCUGCCCCUUACUUCCCAUGAGUUGUCUGUCUGUCUGUCUGUCUAUCUGUGUGUCAUCUAUCUACCAUAGAACUGGGAAUCAAGGCAGCUCACAAAAAUGAAAACAAACACGUAUAAAACACAUAUGGCUAAAAACAUGUUCACAUGAGUAGAACAAAUGCAUCUAAAAACAACCAAUGACAUGCCACUCUACAUAAUACCUGUGACAGCAUUUUGUUUUUCUUGUAAUCCAAGAGUUAUGCUCCAAAACAUUGGUUGCUUUCAGCCCACAUUAUAAAAACAUGGAUGCAGUUGGGGUUUGUUUUUUUAGACAUGCCAACCUUCCUGGGCUAUAGUAAAGAGAUUCAAGAUACUGCAGAGCCUCUCUGUGUUCAGUCAUUCUUUCUUUGUGCUUUGAGAAUGCCAGUCACAACCUGCCUUGGAUUUCUGAGCUAGCCCUUACUGUCUUUGCUUGGUUCUUUAGGAGUGAUCUGGGCCCAGAUGUUGGUUAUGAAGCUAUUGGUCUUGUGGACGGAAGCUUGCCCACUGUGGGAGUGUUUGCUAAAGCAACAUCAAAGGACACCCCAAGAUCAGCCACAGAGGAAUCAGGUGAGACUUUGCUCCUUAACCAUGCUAUGCUUGGGGGCUUAGCUUCAGUUUUUCCACUGGUUGAUUCAUAAAAGAGUCAUCUUGGGUUGGAGGAAGUGUUUGUUUCUUCUCAUAGGGGUAGCUUUUUAUUCUCCCUUGGAGUGAAACGCAACCUACUAAAGAUUAUCCCAGAAGUGGGCAAUCCGUGCCCUUCUGUAUCGGACUACAGUUCCCAUCAUCCCUGGCCAUUAGCCAUGCUGACAUGGGCUGAUGGGAGUUGUAGUCCAUCAUCAUAUGGCGGGCCACCGGUUGGGGGACCCUGGCAUGCAAGGCAGGCAGGAGAGGAGAGGAGAGCCCAACAGGCUGUGCACAAGGCUAAGACCAAGUUUAUUCUAGGAACUGGAAUCCGCUCCGAGAGUGAAACGGAAUUAGAAGCACCAGAGCUCAAGGUCUCGGCCGCCUCGCCUUCCAGCCUGCAGGCCCCACAGCAGGGAGAGGACUACGGGAAAGGCGUCAUUUUCUACCUCAGGGAUAAAGUGGUGGUGGGAAUUGUGCUGUGGAACAUUUUUAACCGGAUGCCAAUUGCUCGAAAGGUAAGCAGCAUGAGUCUGGGGGCGGGUUUAGUCAUGGGGUGUGCCGUUGACAUCCACAUGGCUGCCAUUACUUAACCCACUGGUCUUCAGCUGGUGGGUCGGAACCCACUAAUGGGCUUCAGGGUGAUCCAGGUUGGGUCACAACAGGAGCGUUGCCAUUGUGCAGACAUACGGGAAAAGAUUAAGAAAUGCAUGUUUGGGUUAAAAGUAGGUCCUGGGUCUGAAAAGGUAGAAAAUACCUAACUUAAAAGAAUCAUAUCAUGGGCAAAAAGAAGCACUUCCUGUAGAAGCCACUUGCAGCCUUUUUGUCUCGAGAUGCUGUGUUUAGCAGUUAGCAUCAGGUCUUCAGAAAGGAUUUAAUUUUUAUUUAUUUUUUUAAAAAAGGGCCAACAGAACUAGAACUGACUUAUCUGCCAAACUCUGAAGCUGUAAUCACUGUUGUGAAUAGGAGAUGGGCAGCUCUCCAUUGAUGAGAUGUCAGUGAUCCAGUAGGUGAUGCUAGUGAAGAUACAGACAGUGCUUCUAGGGAAUGUGUCAUUCUCCAUGUGUUCAUCCAUAUAUCUGGUGUGAUACCCUUGUGCUCAGUCUCUGUGGCUAUUUAGAAUAACUGCAGCACACCAGUGCUUCUCCAGCUCACACUUUUUUCCCUGUGGCAAAAACAAGAAGAAGACCUUGCAAAUAGGAUCUAGCUAGCAUAAAGCAAACUUUACAGCCAUAAAUGUAUUGUGAAUUGCAAGGUAGGAGGCUUGGAGGUGAUGCUCCUGAUAGCCUAAUGGAAGAGAAGUACAGGGCUGGUUUUCUUGCCUGCCUUGCAUAACAGCUAAGGAAUAGAGAAGGCAGGAUAUGAGUCCUCAAGAUUACACGAGUAGCUGGAUUUCAUUUAGGGUCUUGUCAUCUUGUCCCCCAUAUAAAUCAGUACUAUUUGCCCUGUCUGGGAGCUGUUUUCUAAGACCUUGGACAAGGGUAUUUCCUAGCCCUGCCCCCUCCCUCUAUCAGGAGAUGCCAGGGAACAAACCUGAGAAACAGCGUUCUACAUCUGGCCUAGGCCAGGCCAUUAGUUCUAUCUCAUCCCAGGUUUUGCAGAUUAAGUAUGUUGCAUUGCAUCUAAUCUGUUUUCUGAGAUAGUAACAGUGCUGAGAUUGGCCCGGGGGCGGGGGGCUUUUCAAAAAGGACACCCCAUGGUGUUUGAUAGCAGAGUGGAGUAAGUGGCAGUUCAGGAGCUUCAGCUGAACAGUGUAGGCUCAUAGCAGGUACAGGAACACAAGGCAGAAGCUGCUUUAUUUCUCUUGCAGAUCAUCAAGGAUGGGGAAGAGCACGCUGACCUCAAUGAAGUUGCCAAGCUCUUCAACAUUCAUGAGGAAUGAGUGUCUCGCCCAAAUCCUUGGUCUGGAAUGCAUUUGGAAACUCGAGAGAUGAAGGCCUAGGCACCAGGCUGAAUGGGCUUGUCUGCUUGUGUGCCCCCUCCCUGUCCUGCCCACCAGAGUGUGUGUGAAUAUUUGUGAAUGUUUGUAAUGGCCCAAGACUUGGGCUCUCUUUGCACCAUGAAUUAAACCGGAUUCUAAAUAGCAA